AUGACUGAAACAGAGAAUCUUGUACCUGAAGGACCUGUUACUAUACAAGGAACGCUUAAACACAAGGGCCGCGUUAUUGGUAUAUGGACAUCGUUGAACUAUUGGUUAAUUGGCAGUAAACUUUACGUUUCAAAGACAGAUAAACUAUCUGAAUAUUAUAAAAUCAUAGAAAUAACUCCAGACACUAAUAUUAUAUUAGUAGACAGGAAAAAUAAUACACAUUUUAUCAUCGAAAACGAAGAACUUGGCAGAUAUCUUCUAAAAUCGAAUGCUGCGGAAGUCUAUCCAUGGGUAUUCGCGUUACGCGCAUGUUUGUAUGCCGAACAUGGCUAUUCUAUGGAUCAAUUUCGUAUUAUUUCUGUUUUAGGUCGAGGUUUUUACGGAAAAGUCAUGCUCGUUGAAAAACUUGAUACAGGAAAGUUAUACGCACUAAAAACCGUACAGAAAAAGAAGCUUGUUGAGUGCGGACAAGUAGAUACGAUUAUAUCUGAACGAAACUUACUGUUUUCUAUUCCUCCUCAUCCAUUCAUCGUCUCUGCAGAGUUUGCAUUCCAAACCAAAUCUAAAUUCUACAUAGGUCUCAUUUACAUCAUUUAUCGAACUUACCAGUUGUUCCUAUCGACGACACCCGUCUCUACACUGCAGAAAUCAUCUUGGCAUUACAACAUCUCCAUGAAAAUCACAUAG